AUUGUUUUAGCAUUCCCAGAAAACAUGCUCAUAAAUACAAUAACAUGGUGCUUGUAUUCAGCAGUAUGAACUGAACGCGUUUACACCAUUUCAAUCCUAACGAUUCUGGUAAUAGUAUGUGUAUAUAAGACUGUUCUAUUUUGCCCUUAUAAUCCGAGUGCAUUGCCUAGAAUUGUCGGUAUUCAUAUAAAUGUAAUGAUCUUCUAUAUUGUCCAGAUUUAUUGGAAACUUUGAGACAUGUCAAGCAAUGAAGAAUUAUUUGUUCCUGUACCCAUGAAGUGCAUGGGAUUUGUUAUUGGAAAGAAAGGACAACAUAUCAAGAAAUAAAAAUAAAACAAGAACACAAAUUUCUUCAAAGCAAUAUGAAGAAGGAGUCAAUCAGGUUUUACUGUUUGUGGGUCAAGGAAAGCUUGCAAAGAGGCAGAAACAUUGAUAAUGGAUUGCGAAAACAGUUUCGAAGUAAAAAAUCAUCUCCUGUCAACAGGACUCGAGCAAAAAUUACAGUUUCAAUUGAAGAGAAAUAUAUUGGAAUAGUCCUUGGCAAGAAACAUAAAAUUAUUGAAACCAUAGAGACGAAAUCUGGGACAAAAAUUAGAAUAGCACCACAUGCAGAACAGGCAAAAAGGAAAGAACAUAGUAUAGAUCUGGUGAUUACUGGUGAAGGAAAAGAUUGUUGUCGUGCCCGAUCUCUAAUAUUGCAGAGAAUCAUUUCUUGUAAUGACAGGGAAUUAAGGCGUAAAUAUGGAGGUGACGAAGUUAACAAACCUUUUGUGUGUUUUAACAAUGACGAACAAGAGGAAGAGUUUUCUCUCGUUUUGGACAAAAAUACUCCAUCAUUGGAUGGUUUCAUCAAGGGAAAUCGAUUCAGAAUUCAGUCCGAUGAUGUUCGCGAUGAGCCUGUAACUACUGAUGGUACAAUUAAAGACAUGAAAGACUUGCUUCGACCUCCUUUGAAGAAGUUAGCUGAUAAAAAAAGCGAAGAACUGUUGUUGGUAGAUUUAUGGUGUCAUCUUGGGAAAGUGUAUGUUUCAAAUGUAGAUCAAGAUGAAGAGAUUUCAUCAAAAGGCAUGACAACAACAAAAGAAAUCAAAAACAGAUUGCCUUCUGUGAAAACAAUGGCCGUUGCUACUGAUAAUGAAGUGAAGUGGCGAGUGUCUUUUGAGGAAGGUGUAGAUGAAACAGAAAUUGAUAGGUCUUUGUUUCCUAAUAAAGACGAAGUGAACGAAGAUCUUUUCAAUCUUAAGUGGCUUUGUACACAGUUACGCUUUGACUUUGCCUUUAUUACUCCAUCAGCUCGUUACGUUCGAUUCAAAGCUUGGAAAGGCCGGGAUCCCGAAAAUGAAGAACCACCAUCUGAAGUGAAAAAUAUUUUAAGACCUGUCGUUCUUUGGCGUUAUGAAGACAUAAAGGCUUGGCUGUGUAAACCUUCCGUUAGCGUUAUUAGGGGUGAAAUAAUGACACCAGAUUCGAGUUAUGAUUGUCGGAUAAAAUUGAGAGCCGGACCACGUUAUUUAGACGAAGACGAAAAAGCAAAAGAAGAAGAUAACACUUUGUGUGAUUAUCUUUCAAAAUGCAAGUAUGAUCCCAAUUCUGGAGAUGGUCAAAUGAUGUCUUUACCUGAUCCAAAUGAUAUGUUAUUACCAGAAGGUUUUGAAUGUCAAUUCUAUCGUGAAGCAAAAGAAAGUUUUUAUCAAGCAACAAUGGACGGGGAAUGUUUUACUAUUAUUGUAUUGGAGCAAAAAGAUUGGGACUCUGAUGGAUCUAAGAAAAGAGACAAAAAUCAGUUUGGAAUCAGGUUUAUCCUGGAUUCAUGGUCGGAAAAGAUGCUUAAUCCGCAGAUUGACUGGACGCCAGAUGACAUUUUAACCAAGCUUAAAGAUUUUAUGAACUUUAUAAAUCUUUUUAAAAAAGGAAUUCUUAGUGGUUAGAAAUAUUCUUGAGUUUGCUAAGACAUGCCAUGUCUAUAAAAUUGGCUUUAUAUGAAUGAGAAUAUUAAUAGUUCAGCUGGAAAAUAUUAAAUAAAUACAUGCCAUUCAUGGGAUCAUAAAUCAGUCAUAAAACCCGGCGUUUCUCAUUUUUCAUAACCAAAUAAUUUAUACAAUCACUAAGUUAAUGGUACCAGAAAAACACUGUAACUAUAUGAUGAAGAAAUUAAGACUAAUUAAAAAUUUAGUACACAGAUGGCUUUCAAUAAAGUUAUAAAUAAA